AAGUUUGGGAACUAUUUGAAUUUUUGAAUCCUACUUUAAAAUUACCUGAACGUCGAACCUUAGAUGGAAGAAUUUUAAAUAAAGAAGUAAAGAGACUUGAAGAUAACAUAGUGAUAAAGCUUAAAAAUAAUUCAGUUGGACCAACGCUUGCCUUUGAUGGUUGGACCAACGGAAUGGAUAUUAGUGGUGAAAGAGAAAGGUGGAGAGAAGUUAUAGAAAAAAUCGAAUUAAUGUUUAGUGAAAUUAUUCAAAUGGGAGUAAAGCUAAUUGCAGUCGUUUGUGAUAGUGCAUCUUUUUAUGCUGCUGCAAGAGAUUUACAAAAUGAAUUUUAUAAGAAAUAUAUUUCAUUAGUGGUUGGUAAUGAUACACGGUGGAACAGUUAUUUGGAAUGUUUUCGUUCAUUACUUAAGUCAAAGUCUGCAUUAAGGACACUCGCUUCUAAGUUUGACCCUCUUGAACCGUUAGAUGAUGAUUCUUUAUAUCUUCCAGAAAAUAUUACAUCAAUUCUUUUAGAUGAAAGUUGGUGGCACGUAUUACAAAAACUUGCUAACAUUUUAACGCCUUACGGUAUUAUUAUCGAUCUUUUUCAAAAAGACAAGGCACGUUUGCAUGAGGUCUUACACAGAUUUGGUUAUUUCGUGGAAUUUUGGAAAAGAUAUGAAGAUUUGGAAUUUGGCCAACAAAUAUUAAAUAGAUUAGAAUCAAGAUGGAGAGAAUAG